AGUUCGUUUGCACAGAUCUCUAGACAAGUAAUUGUCAAACUGCACAAAUGCUUAGAUCAAUCGUUAUGUUUAUAUAUCUGUAUUAUUUGCGCUGCUCCCCGAAGUUUUAUAACUUUUGAUGAUUAACGUUAUGCAAUGAACUGGAAGUGGUGACAAGGUAGCCCCAGAAGAAGUAUCUUAUGGUUUAAGCUAAAAUAUGUUGAAUCUACAAACUUCUACGUAGCUAAGUAAGUUAGUAUAACGUUACAUAAAGGAGGAACCAAACAAGACACAUACAUAAAAGGCAUCAUGGACAAGUCAUCAUACCGUUUGCUGCAGCUUCUGUCCUUGGCAUGUCUGGCCUAUAGGGCCACUUCUAGUUCUAUCACAACCUACGGAACAAUAAUCCCACAAUCUCCAAUAGUGGAAAUUGGGAAGGAAUUCACCGCUACCUGUGUACUCUAUGAAGCUGCUAAAGCCACAGUGGACGACAUCUACUGGACGUGUAAUGACUUCACAGUGCCCAAAGAGCAGUACACCAAGAUAAACGACUCGGCUGUUAGCGUAACCAUUCCCAUCACCAGCGAAACUGGAGGAUUUUUAAAAUGUCAAAAGAAGGAAUCUCCCUCAUUCUUAAACCAAAAUAAAACAAUCCAUGCGAUUAAAUUGACCAAGGGGUAUCCCCCUGAGAAGCCUGGGAAUUUGUCCUGCAUGGCUGUCCAGUCUGGCCAACAGAUCUCCUCCAAUGUGAUGUGCACAUGGCAGCCUGGGAUAAGAGACAAUAUGCUAGUAACCACAUACACCUUGUUUGGAAGUAUAACUACCAUAAACCAGACCCACAGCACAAAAGCUCAGAGAAGCAGUGGAUACGUCGACUUCGGCACCUUUCCAAGCUAUAUGGAACUGGAUAUAUGGGUAGAUGUGGAAAACAAGUUGGGGAAGGUUCGAUCGGACAUUCUGCUUAUAAUGGAUCCUAAUGAAAUGGUGAAAACGAAUCCCCCAUCAGAUGUCAAUAUUAUUUCAGAGAAUAACUUUUCCAGGACUCUCUUAGUGAGCUGGAAGCAACCUAUCCAUGAAACCAUUGUCAAACUGAAAUACAACGUCAGGUUCUGCACUGUGGGCUCUGGAAACUGGACUGAGGUGCCCCCAAAUGACACUGAAAGUAGCAAGGAGUCUUUCCGUCUCCAAUAUCUCAAGCCGGACACGAAGCACGUAGUGCAGGUCCGCUGCAUGCAUCACACUGGCUACGGCUACUGGAGUGACUGGAGUGCCAACACUACUGACAAGACCCCAAUGGACAAGCCUACAAGUAAGCCAGACCUAUGGAGAGUGGUCAUUCCCAGCCAAGGCAACAGUGGGCGGAGAGUGCAAGUGAUGUGUAAGGAUCCAGUGGAGUCCAAUGGAAGGAUUCAAGGCUACAACAUUAAGAUCCAAGAUGGAGCCUGGGAGUCUGUGCCGGUCAAUGGCUCUGAGCUGAACUCCAGGUCGCAGGAGAGGAAAAUGAUCCCCCUUUACCAGAUUCUACUGUCUGACAAGAGAAGAGGCUCCAUUGAAUUGAAGGCCUGGAAUUCUGUUGGCAUGUCUCCCCGAGCGUCUUUGGGCAUUCCUAAAUUGGCCCACGAGCCCCCUCCAGUGGCGUCGCUCAGUAGUUUUACCCAGGACGGGAGGUUGUGGGUGGAGUGGCAGCCCCCCAAUCUGGGGGCCACAGGGGUGACGGAGUAUGUCCUAGAGUGGGUUUCGGUCAGCGACGGCGCGAUGGACUGGCAGAGAGAACCUAGACACAACAGGAAGGCACCAAUUAAAGGUAACCUUCAGAAAUUCAAGCUCUACAAUAUAUCUGUGUAUCCCAUGUACUCUGGGUGGACUGGGAAGCCAUUGACCACCGCAACCUUUCUGGAACAAGGAGCUCCACUGGAGGGUCCCUCUGUGAAAUUGAGGAGGACAGGGAAGAACGACGCUGAGCUGGAAUGGAUGGCGAUUCCACUGGACAAACAGCGAGGCUUCAUCACUAACUACACCAUCUACAUCAAGGGAGGCAAGGAACGCUCAAUAGUUGUCUCCCCGGACACCUACUCUUACACAGUGGAUGGCAUGGCCAGCAACCGUAAGCAGGUGGUGCGGAUCAUGGCCUCUACAAUACAAGGCUCUACAAACGGCUCAGACCUGUCAUUCAAUACUCUGAAGUAUGCUCCCGGGCAGAUGGAAGCCAUUGUGGUGUCUGUGUGUAUCGGCUUCCUGUUUUUCAUAGUGCUGACUGUGUCCCUCUGCAUAUACAAAAUUGACUUGAUAAAGAAAAUCUGGCCACCAGUUCCAGAUCCUUCCAACAGCACUAUCGCUAACUGGUCACCUGAUUUCCCCUCCAAAGCUGACAGUCCCAAGGAGAGUGUGCUGGGCGACGUGAGCGUGGUGGAGGUGGACGUAUUCGACAGGAAGUCGCUGUGCGAAGAGGACAAGGCGGGCCUGCCACUCAAGAAGGACAAGUACCUGUCAGAGGAGCACAGCAGCGGCAUCGGCGGCUCCUCCUGCAUGUCGACGCCGCGCCAGAGCGUCUCAGACAGCGAGGACGGCGGUGACUCAGGCCAGACCACGACCAGCAUCGUUCAAUACUCAUCAGUGGUGGCCUCGAGCGGCUACAAGGGCCAGACCCCCUGCCCUCUGCCCCAGACCCCCUGCCCUCUGCCCCAGACCCCCCCGUCCGGCUCCUCCCAGUCCCAGACGCCCAGCUUCGCCCGCUCUGAGUCCACCCAACCCCUGCUGGAAAGUGAGGAGGGCCAGGAGGGGAGUGGGCAGACCCACCAGCGCUACCCGCGGAACCCCUACUUCAGGCGCUCACCUGGGGGUAGCGAAAGCAGAGACCCAGGGGACAGGAACCAGCUGGAGAUGGAGGAGCAGGAGUUGGCUUCGCUCCGGUUCUGCCCUCUGGAGGAGGGGGCACAGCAGACCACACCCACAGAUGAGAGCCAGUCCCCUGACGGACAGCCAGGCCCCGCCCCUAGCUACAUGCCUCAGCUGAGGGGCGACAGGCAACAGUGUUAGGAGAGGAGAACAAAUGGUGACUUUGUUUCAUUUGUGCCUUGGUUCAUUUCAGACAUUUAUUUCAAGCUUUCAAAUUAUGAAUUACGUCGGCAUAUUAUUUUUGAACUUACCCAAAUGGCAAUCAUGAACUUCAUACAGACAUCCUAACUUGCCUAAUUAAAUCUAUUUUUAAGUGGAUGACACGGUUUGGCUCCAAGCCUUAAGCUUGUAUGUCAAGGUUUUAUUGUUUUAACAUUCUAAGAAGCAAAUAGACCUCUUUUUCAAGUUAUCAUCAUAGUGUUAUACAUGUGAUUCUGAUUGAGAUGUUAUAUCCUAUAGUUAAGACUAGACGGGCAGUGUAUAACAUCUUAAUUCUCUUAGCAACCACCAUCGCAAUCAGUUCACGUGACAGACAGGAAUUUAUAGACACAGGUCAGGCAUUACUGAACGUCUGAUUCUCAUCCUUACACACAUAUGCUGUACAUGAACAUAAUCAACAGAUCUAGUCGGUCUCAAACAGCAACGUCCCAGAGCAGCUAGGCACCGAACAGGAGAGAACUGAGAGGAGCUACCUGGACCUGUCUAAUAAGAAAUGCUCAUUUUCGCUACAGUUGGCCCUAAUGAAGAUGUCUGUGCGUUCCCAGGAUGGUGGAUUGAAUGGUCAUCCUCUUCUCUCUUCAUACUAACUAGGACCAUGUCUAUGGACUUAAAUAAUGUCUCACAUUGAAUGGACAACAUUUCACUGUAAAUGCCUCUUCAGUAGCUAGUGAGCUUUGUACUGUUUAUCAUUUGUUGUGUUAGAAAAUAGUCUUGAAGUUGACGCUAAUCUCUACAAACUGGCCAAGUUGAAUUUACAGUGCAUUCGGAGAGUACCGACCCCUUGACUAUUUCCACACUUUGUUACGUUACAGCCUUAAUUUAAAA